AAGGGUUUGUACGUGGUUGGAAGGGGGGGUUUCUGCCUCUAGUUUUCUCUACUUUAUCUGCGGUGGUUGCUGGGGUGUAUUGAAUUUGUACCUACCUCAAGCCCAACACUCACAGAAGGAGGCCCUGACGUCUAUGCCCAUUGGAAGCAGACACUGAGAAUAACACACCAAGCCUAGUGAAGAUGAACGACGAGGAGCAAAACCACUCAGCCUUCUUCAUCAGGGUGAAGAACCCAGCUGAGCGGGAUGAAUUAAAACCUGGAGACCUCAUUGAGAUCUUCCGUUCUUCUUGUCAGCACUGGGCCCUCUAUGUUGGGGAUCGGAAGGUUGUCCACUUGGCAACUGAAUGUGGUGACCAUCUUCCGGAUGGAACUCCGAAUGCCUUGGCGGUCUUGCCCGACAGAGCUUAUGUAAAGAAGGAUUGGCUGGAAGACGUCGUGCGGAAGGACCGGUACCGGGUGAACAAUAAACAUGACGAGACGCAGCCGCCGCUCCCCCUGGCCAAGAUACUCUGGCAGGCCGAGGAGCUGGUGGGCAAGGAGAUGCCCUACACCUUCAACAGCCCCAACUGCGAGCAUUUUGUUAUGGAGCUACGAUACGGAGCGGAAAUGAACGAGCAGGAUGAAAUUAAACCUGGCGACCUUAUUGAGAUCUUCCGCUCUUGUUAUCAGCACUGGGCCAUCUACGUUGGGGAAGGCAAAGUUGUUCACUUAGCUCCUGAAUGUGACCGUCUUGCAAACGGUGCCGCCAGCGUACUGGCGGUCUUGUCUGACAGAGCUUAUGUGAAGAAGGACUGGCUUGAUGUUGUGGUGAGGAAAGACCAGUUCCGAGUGAACAACAAGCACGACCUCACGAUUCCUGUGCUGCCACUUGCCAAGAUCCUCCAGCGGGCAGAGGAGCUGGUUGGGAGGGAGAUGCCCUACAAUCUGACGAGCCACAACUGUGAACACUUUGUGAUGGACCUGCGAUAUGGAGUUGCAAUGAGUGACCAGGUCACCGAGGCCAUUGCUGUGGGGACAAUUGGCAUGAUGGGUGUGGCAGCCGCCAUGAUCCGAUCUGCGGCGAAGAGGCGCAAGCACCGCUACGAAUAGCUCGUGGGGAGGGGCCAGGGGCCUCCAUGGCGGGAUCAUUACCAGCUCUGGGGGUGUUUUUUUGACUGCCCAGCGUCUUUUAUUUGACAGAUUGUUUUCAGACCACCAGACCAAAGAUUAAAUCAGAUUUCGUGACAGAAGAAAACCAUCCACCCACACCGUGCUUGGAGCCAAUAAAACUCUCUUCAGGAUA